AAGUCUUGAAAAACAAUACAUUUCCAUCUUUUCAACUCGAUCUCAAGCUAUCACUAGGUAGCUGCAAUAAUUCGGUCUUCAUUCCCGCAACUUGCAACACAAGCACACAAUAUUCUGCGCACCAUAAAAAUCAAGCCCGGCAAUAUUUUUUGUUUUCUUGUGACUUUUCCUUGAGUAGUCAAAACUUGCGCUUCUGUACUUCCAUCUAGAAGGUAAACAGAGCUUGACUUAAACAGAGCCCAGCACAAGCUUAGAUAGGCUUAUUUGAUUCAGAAAAACAAUCAUUGCCGUGGGAAUUCCUUGAUAACCUUGAAACAAUGGCAUGACAAGAAAAUUGCAGUUAACUGGGAUGCCAAAAAUGAAAUUGAUAGUGUGGAUUUUGCUGUUAGUUUUGGCAGAAUGGAGGAUUCCCAAGACAGAAAGCAGCGAAUGCCCAUAUGAUUUCACAGUGGCGUCCCGCAUGAUCCCGCCUUCCUGUUACCAAAACAGCACAGAUCGGGUCACCUCCCAAGGAACCUGCUGCUGGAAUGCCUUCGCUUCCUUUGUCUUUGCAAUCUCCCGCCAUGCCAAUCAAACAGGGGAAGUUCUCCUGGACGACGCGGGUUCGAGUCUCUGCACUGACGAAUUCGUGCACUAUCUCCAUUCGAGGGGACUAGUUCGCUCCACCUUCUUCACCAAUUCCUCUGCCUGUCAGAUUGAUCACCUGACCUUCGCUGCCAACGCAGGGCCAUGCAAGUACACCAAAAUGGCCCAAAUUUGGGACACAGUCGACCUCCACAACGCCUCCAGGGCCUGCAAUGGCCCCAAUCUCAACAAGUCCAACGCCUGCGACAAAUGCCAAAGCGAAGUCAUAGAUAAAGCGAUGCAAUUGUUAAAUGUAACGAAUUCCAAGGAAUUUGUUCCCUGCGGUAUAGCCGUUACAGUAGGGUUAUGGGGUCCGAAUCCUCAAGAAACCCUCUUUGAUUCGUUCGUUCUCUGCGUCACGCAGGUGCUGCAGAAUGUCGGCACCCUCGGCACCUCGAAUCUCAUCCCCUCGCCGCCGCCGCCGCCGCCGCCGACGAUCAUCUUCAACAAGAACCCUAGUGAUGGAGCAAAGAGGUCGCGGGUUCGAAUCGGCGUAAGUGCAGGGGUUGCAGCAGCAGGGGCCAUUGUCGUCAUAGCACUGGUGUUACUUUACAUCGCAAAGGUGAAGAAAAUCCGCCGCUCAGACAAUGAAUCCACCGCUGAAAGCACGGCCGAGGCUCUCACAGGGAUCAAAAGCCUUCUUCCGACUGAGGGUUUGUACAUAUUUACCAAGCGCGAGCUCCACCAGGCGACGGCGGGAUUCGACCCUGGGCGGAUGAUUGGCCAAGGGGGCUCCGCCAAAGUUUUUCUCGGCAAUCUCCCGAGCGGCAAAUUGGUGGCGAUUAAGCGGAUAUUUAAGUUGCAGAAGCGGGUACAUUUCUACCAAGAAGUCCAGCUUCUCUCACGCCUCCAACACCCCAAUCUGACGGCACUUCUGGGCUACUGUCAGCACAAAAAUGACCACAUUCUGGUCUACGAAUUCAUGGCGGGCGGCGACCUAAGCGACCUGCUCUACCAUCCUCCCGACGGUCAUGUGCUGCAAUGGGACCACCGCUUAAGAAUCGCAGUGGACUGUGCAGAGGGGCUAGCUUAUCUCCACCUCUUUUCCGAAGGCGCCAUUAUUCACCGUGAUGUGAAACCCAGGAAUAUUCUGUUAAAUUCAGCUGGGCAAGCUAAACUCGCAGAUUUCGGCAUUUCCAAGCUAAUUGCUGCAGAUUUCACACAUGUUACCACAGAAGUUAAGGGCACUACUGGAUAUUUGGACCCUGAGUAUUUUUCAGUCGGGCAGCUGACCGAAGCCAGUGACGUGUACAGUUUUGGCGUUGUGUUAUUGGAGCUCAUUUCCGGGCAGAAGGCCAUCAUCAGCACGCCGUCAGGUGGGGCAGAGUCUAUUGUAUAUGCUACUCAUGUAUUCAAUAGCAGAUCUGACCGUAACAUCAGAACUCUGGUGGACCCUAGGAUUUCAGAUGCUGACGUGGAGGCUUACGUGGAAUCCAUUGAGAUUGUGCUGCAAAUUGCUAGCCUAUGUGUAAGGCCUUACAGGUCUGAGAGACCUUCCAUGGUGGAGGUCUUGAAGGUGCUCACUGAAGCGUGGAACAAGGCCAAUGAUAUUGCCUUAUCACAAGUUAAUCAUCUACAGGAAGCUUUUCAAUCUGAUCUUUAGCUUUCAUUGUUAUCUGUGGAGAUUUAUUAAAAAAUUAUGUUGCUUGCAGUAUUUUCUGCUGUCAAGAUUUAGCUUGAUUGGUGAUAAGGAAGCUCUGAUUUGGCACUUGACCCGGGUUUAAAUCUUAGUAGACAAGAAUAUAUUAUCUAACAUAUAUCAUGACUCUGACCCAGAAAAGGAAUCCUUCACAGCGAAUGUCUGCUAAUGAAAAGAAUAUUACAGUUGUUCUUCUUU